AUGGAUACACGUAUGUGUGCAUUUUGUGGUCGAGGAGAAAAAAGCUUGAUGGGACAAGGAGAAUUAGUGAGAUUUGAACCAACUCCCGGUUUCAAUCCGUUUAAAAAAUCACUGAACAGAUCAGUUUCAAAAAAUUCAGAUGAUGGAAACUGUAAAAAAACUAUCCAGCCAUCAGCUGCCACUUGCAGGCGUUCGAGAUCGUUGAGUCGCAACCAAUCACAGUCAAGUCUAGAUGUAGAUGGGCAGUCCCAACUGCAAGAUGAAUUGUUUUUAAUUGGAUUUCAGGAUGAUGUUGAUGUUACUGGUCUAUUUGAGAAAACAGGUGGUCAUGUCAUGGCCCACCAGAGUUGUGCCCUCUGGUCGGCGGGUGUCGUUGCGAAAGAUGACGGCAAUCACUUGAAUGUGGAUGUCGCUGUCUUCAAUGGACUUAUGCAGAAAUGUGCUUACUGCAACAAAUAUGGUGCUACAAUCGUCUGUCUGUCGACCAACUGCCUCCACAAGUACCACUACCCUUGUGCCUCUGGUGGUGGAUGUUUCCAGAACAUCAAGAACAUGUCACUAUUGUGCCCUGAUCAUUGUAAACAGGCCGUAAAAUUAGCUAAUCAAGAAGCGUGCUGUGUUGUUUGUGAUGUCAUGGGCAGCAUGAGUGACCAGCUCUUUUGUACCAGCUGUGGUCAACAUUACCAUGGCAACUGUCUUGACCCCACCGUGGAGGUCAGCCCCGUUGUGAGGGCUGGCUGGCAGUGUCCGGAAUGCAAGAUUUGUCAGACUUGUAGACAACCGGGAGAUGAUAACAAGAUGCUGGUUUGUGACAGGUGUGAUAAGGGCUACCAUACAUUCUGUCUGAAGCCUGCAAUGUCUACCAUACCCAAAAACGGAUGGAAAUGCAAAGUUGGCAUUACUGACGUGUACAUGCACGCCUGUAUAUGUUUGUGUGUACAUGCACGCCUGUAUAUGUUUGAGCAUACAUGCAUGCUUGUAUAUUAUGUCUGUUCUCUUAUUGUUUAUAUUGCUUCUGUAUAUGUGGGGUACUAG